AUGGCGACAAAAGAGCCGCCUCUUCCAGUCGAGACUCUGCCUCCGUUUCAGCAGAAUCGCUCUCCGGCGACCAUCUCUGCCCUUCAAAAUGUCGCGUCCCAACAAGGCCCACAGCGUAAUAGUCAAUCACCAGACAGUAUAGAGGAAGAUGAGGCUUCGAGUAAUGAGAAACCCAAACGUCAAAAGCGUUCACGCGCCUGCGUGGCUUGCCGAAACAUGAAGAUCAGAUGUCUCCCUGUUGAAGGUCAAGAAGCCUGCAGCGGUUGUGCCAAAGUCAACAGGCCAUGCAUCAUGCCCGGGCCUCCUCGAAAGCGACAGAAAACAGUCCAUAAGGUCGCCGAGUUGGAGAAAAAGAUUAACGCCUUGACGGAUGCUUUACUGGCCAAAGGGCAGCAGCAAACCGACACACCGCCCACUGAUGAUUCCCCAGACAAUCAACAAGCCAGCACAAAUUCAGACACUUCCAUUACCAGCAUGGAUUCACGUCAGCAAAAAGUCAUCGAGAAAGUAAUUCCCACCCCAGCCACACCAGAGCUCAAGGCACCUUGCCGCCCCUACACGGUCGAACCGAUCGCCAGGGACACUUAUGUCGACGUCAUUGAACGAGGCGACUUGACUAUGGAGUCUGCGUCAGCAAUGUUUAAUUACUGGAUGCAUGAAAUGUCCCAAACUUGUGCUAUGGUUGUCUUUCCUCCAGGGACAGAGGCCCAGGAUAUUCGAACCAGACGACCGAUGACCUUUCUGACUAUUUUGUCGAUAGCAAGUCCCGUGAUCCAGCCAUCCGCGAACCAAGCGCUGGCGACUGAAACCAAUCGUCAGCUGUCGGAAAGAAUACUCUUUCACGGGGAAAAAUCUUUGGACCUGAUCCAAGCCGCUCUAUUGAAUUCCCAAUACUAUACCCGACCUGCAAGUGCCAGAGAUCUUUCUUUCAAUCAAUACAUACAUUCGGCCAUCCUCAUGAGCCUAGAAUUGGGUAUUGGAAAGAGAUCCAAAGUUGACCGCAGUCUGACGCCGGCUCAAGAUCUGGAACGCCGUCGGACGUGGUUGGCAUGCUAUCAAGCAGGAACAAUGGUGUCGACCGUUCUUCGUCUUCCCUCUUUUGUCAAAUUCAAUUCUCACCUUGACGAAUGUCUCGACACACUCUCCAAAAGUCCAUACGCCCUCCCAAGUGAUAAAUGGCUCUGUGCCACGAUCGGCCUUCAACGUAUUGCGGAAGAAGUGGCCGUGGCCUUUCACAUGGACGACCCUGGCGCCGACUUGAAUUUCACCGAGCCCAGGGUUCAAUAUCAACUCAGAUUAUUUCAACGACAGUUGCAACAAUGGGAGACAUCCUUGGACCCCUCUCUGGAUCGGCGGAUUGCACAACAUCAAGCAAACACAUUGAAGAUUUAUACACAUGAGGUUGCCAUUCAUUUCGAACACAAUGUGGAUGAUUUCCGACCAGGAGAGAUGGCCCAUGCCAAACUACCCGAUUUUGUGACUUCUCGUCACGCCGAAGCGUUAUCCAUUCUCCUCGAAUGCAGUCAUCGAGUCCUCGACAACUAUAUCUCACUUGAUCUAAGCUAUGCACGAACUCUCCCCAACCUAUACGUCGUCUGGAACGCUUACGCUAUGGUGGUUUUGAUUAAAAUUCACUGGAUCGUGAACAAUCCGGAUAGUACACUUGGGGCCGUUUUUGCGCCUGAACUCAAGACGGAUUUUUAUCUGGAUGCCUUAUUGAACCGAUUGGCUGAAGUAUCCGCAGAUGGACAUAGUCCCUGUGCUGAAGCGUUUGGCCUGGUAGUCAAGAAACUCAAGUUUUGGCAUCUCCAUCGAGGGAACCAAUUCUCGGAUGAUGAACAAGGUCCCGACGACGAGUCCCGUCGACCCGCUGCUGCGGAAAUUUUGCGAAAGGAUCCAGUCUCCAUUAUCGGCGCCGCAAAGAAUACGGAUGACUCAAAGACUGGGCUAACCAUGCGACCUUUCACGCCAGCCAUGUUGCCAGGACAGUGGAAUGUAACGGAUAGACUUGGAUCCAAUCUGAAUGCUGCAUACGAUGCUGCAAGUUAUGGAAAUACCAAUUGGGAUCAAUUCAACUUCAGUACAGAGGAAUUGGAUUUGUUUGAUGUGUACAUGAAUAAUAGUGGAUGGAUGGGAUAUCUGCUUUAG